AUGGUUGUCUCGCAAGCACCCCGCGUUUCUCCGAUUGAAGCGUCACCACCUACAUACGACGAGCAUGCGGAGAAAUCUGCAUACGGUUCGGUGACAGAACCUAUCGACGGAAAUCAGGUGGAGACAGAGCAUCCGGUUGCGAGUACGGAUGUCACGGAAAGACAUCAAGAUGGUGAGCUGGGCGGUCAGCACUGGGCACGGCGCUUCUUUGCCUACAUGAAGACCCGCGAAUUUUGGAUCACCCUUGCUCUCGGGCAAGCAUUGGCUCUGGCGAACACUGGGUCGUCUACGUUUACGAACCUGAUGGCACGGGGAGGCAACAAUAUUCCCGCCUUCCAGACGUUCUUCGUUUAUGUCUCCCUGAACAUCGUUUACACGGGCUUCACGCUGUACAAAUAUGGGUUCAAGAAGUGGGCUCGGAUGGUGUGGCGUGACGGCUGGCGCUACAUCAUUCUUGCAUUCUUCGACGUGGAGGGGAAUUACUUCAUCGUCCUGGCGUACGACUAUACGACUCUCCUUAGUGCUGAGCUAUUCGGAUUUUGGACCGUCGUUUGCGUGGUUAUCAUUUCGUAUGUUGUUCUCAAAGUUCGCUACCACCUAACGCAAUACCUCGGCAUUUUGGUCGCGUGCGGAGGACUAGGCUUGUUGAUCGCUUCGGACUAUCUGCGCGGCGCGAACUACCCGGGAGAGAACUUGGUAAAAGGUGAUGGAUUUGCCUUGCUCAGCUCGACUCUGUACGCGGUGGACAACGUGUUCCAGGAGUUUUUGGUGUCUAAGCGGCCCAUGUAUGAGGUGGUAGGUCAGCUUGCCUUCUGGGGCAUGCUGAUCAACGGAGUCCAGGCCGCCAUCUUCAACCGCACGCAGUUCCAGACGGCCACGUGGAACAGCGCCAUUGGAGGAUACUUGGCGGGCUACACCAUCAUGCUGUUCAUCUUCUAUACUUUGGCACCCAUCAUGUUCCGAAUUUCCUCGGCCGUCUUCUUCAACAUCUCGAUGUUAACGAUGAACUUUUGGGGGUUGAUCAUCGGUAUUCAGCUCUUCCACUACCAGGUCUACUGGCUAUACCCAAUUGCAUUCGUCCUGAUCGUCUUGGGACUCUUCGUCUACUUCAUGAUGGAAGGCAUCCUGGGAGAAGCCAAGAAACCCUGGCUUGGCGAGAAUCAGGAGGCCGGCGUGGAUGGCAUUGGAACAGGCAAGCGUGCUCAAGUUGUGGGCCAUGCCAUCGUUUAG